CGCCAAUGGUCAACCUGGGCCUUGCAGCUGGCACGGACGGUCCAGUGGAUGCACGCUCGAGGGUGUGUGCAUGUGGACAUCAAGCCAGAAAAUAUAUUGGUAUGUCGUCAGCCAUUUGAUGGGAAGCGGAGCCUGAGCUUACGUUCCAGUCUUUCCUCACCUGUGGAUGAAUCAGCUUUCUGAAGGCUUGGACGUAAAGCUGUGUGACUUCAACUCCGCAGUCUUCCCAAGUGCAGGCACUCCGCUGCUUGACGGAGCUGGGCUAGGCACGCCCGCGUACGGUGCGCCCGAGCUUACGCGGGGAGCAUCAAGCUCCAGCCGAAACGGAUUCUCCUAUCCUGUAGAUAUUUGGAGCAUGGGAGCAGUCCUCUAUGCGCUCGCAACCGGAGUCGCUCCACUCGCCAAGAGCAGAUCGAUGAUCGAUAUGCUGUACCGGAAGCGCGCGUUCUUUGAGAGCGAAGAAAACGAUCGCGUCGCUAGGAUCCACGUCGCCGGUGGAUACAAUGGCAGCGUAGCAGGAAGCAAUGCUGCGAGUCGGAACAGCAGCUUGCGUGGUCGGAAUCGCCGCGCCGCGCGACAGUCGGCAUCCGAAACCGUUGCGAAUAUCGCUAGCUAUACGCCGCAAAGCCACUCUUUGCGGCGCGAAGCGAGCAUGGAAAGUAUCGACAGCGUCAGCAGCAAUAUCUUAUUGGAAGACGGCCGCCGCACCGUUCCACUCAGAGCCGUCAACAUGCUGUUGAGCGACGCUCCCUUGAUUGGCGUCUUGCCAACCGAUCAUGUGAUCUUCAAGGGAGCAGCCGAGUUGGAGCCCAGCCGGAAUGGUACCAUCGUCGCCGCCGCUCAACAUCAUCGCACAGCUUCCCUGGGCAAAGCGCAUUUGGCUUCCAAGCACCCUCAUGCACAAGUAGGUCCCGAAAACUCAACUGCGAGCAACGUCCAAUCUGCCGCACAGGUCGCGUGCCGUCCCGUGCGGCCCGUGGCAAAUUUCCGUCGGGCCACAUCCUACGGCGCCGCGAAUUCCACAGUAGAAGAUGACACCUUCGUCAUGCAGCCUACGUCUGGGCCUCUCCGCUCAUCAAUUCCUGUCAAGAAAGCGCCCACUGGCUCCAAUGGCCUGCUAUCGCCUCCGCAGUCGCCUCAAGUUUCCAUCCACCGGCUGUCUAGCAACAAUACCGGAUCUCUACAUGCCGGACUCAGAUCAGCCCUCUCUGCUGCAUUCGCGCAGCAUGCGCAUCGCGCCGGACAAGACGUCAGCUCAAUAGCGCAAGAGGCAGGUUCAAGCGUCGAGGGCAGAGCACGUAGCGCUUCGGGUGCUAGUGCUCUGGUGCUGCCACGGUCGCCGCUUUCUGCAUCGUAUCAGACACCUGAAUUUGGAGCUGAUGGACAGAACUUGCAGGUGGACGAUGAGGAGGUACUUGAAGAAGACACGCGCCCUUACAAUGAUGGUACGCCAGCCCUCCUGCUGCCCGGCGGAGGCCGUUUGCCAGAUGGCGCUCGCGCUCUCUUGGAACAGAUGUUGGCCUUCGACCCUGCCAGACGACCCAGCGCUAGCCAAGUCGUGUCCGCCCUGGAGCGCUUGACGCUGUUGAGAACAUGAGGCCAUCGUCCGAGGCAUCGGCCGGCUUCACGCCGCUAGCUGUUUUUCCCGCAUGGUCUUCCCGAACAAGCAAGAUCUGAUAGGUUCAGUGCGAAAACUUCCUGCG